AUGCCAAACUACUGCGAUCAUGCAGACGAAGAAUCAUCAUACGAUAUCCCACUCCGUGAACCUGAUUCAGACCCAGAAUCUAUACCUUCUUCUAUAGACUCUCGUCCUCCUUCCCCUACUCCAACUUACUCUCCCCCCUCACCAGGAUACGUGGAGAAACUAUACACUUCGACUCAAGGACGUAAUUACACAUUACGUCUUUAUCCCCACGAGUUACUGGGGAAAUUUUACGAAUGUGGGUAUUUGAGUGUGAAGAUGGAUAUGAACGGUCAAAACGACGUAUUGGAUGGAGGGAAAAAGUAUGAGGAUCAUGAGUUACUCAUCGAUGGGGAAUACAUCUUGAGGGUACAGCAGAGAAAGUUGGAGAAGUGGUUUAAAAUGUAUAAACAAAACAAGACAAAACCUGCCAUUCAACCACCACCAUACUACACCGCUCAAUGUAUCCUUUACGGUCUACCUCAUCCUAAAUCAGAACAAUCAGCGUUCGAAACUCUCCGAACAAUCUGUACUCCACCUGAUCCACCUAAGAAACAAAAUCAACAAUCUAAAAAAGGUAAAAAAGGUCAACAAAAUCAAAUCCCUCCAGCUCCCUAUGGCUCCCCUCCACCUCCGAAACAAGCACUACGGAUCCCGGACCGUUUGGAAAAGUUCGAAGAGGAAAUGGACGAAGAAUUGGACAAUAUAUGGGCCGAAGCGAAAGAAGCUGCCAGAAAGAUCAAGGAGAAGAGAGUGAUGAGGAAUAGGUUGGAGGCAAGGAGAAGCGGGAAGAGGGAAGGGGAUGAAUUGGCGAAGAGCAGAAAGAAAGAUUGGAAGAGUUUUUUAAAACAAGCCGAUGAGGAAUUGGGAAAGGGUUGGAGGUGGCCCGAGGGAGAAGCGAAUGAGCAGGUAGAGAAGGAUCAGACUGGGAUGGAUGUUACAAUUGGAGAAUCGUUCGCCGUGGAAGGUGGUGAGAAGAUUAAAGCUGGUGAAGAGACUGGGGAUGCUCGUAUUGGUGAUAAACGUCCUGCUGAGGAGAGUGAAGGACUUGAAUCGGGUCAGGAGAAGAAGCUCAAAGGUGAAGAGCUCGACAUCUCUGAAAUCUCCACAGAUUACCUCAUGUGUCGACUCGGUUUCUUCUCCCCAUCCGGAAAGAAGAUUCCAACUCCUAUACCAGACGAAGAAGUUGAAAACGCCCAUUAUCGUAAAUACACAUUCGACACACUUUCUUUAUCCCUAACACGUAAAAACGGUUUCAUGGGUAAUUUAGAAUCCGAUCUAAUGGCACAAUUUCAUUUCGAAACGAUUCCUAAACGUGUAGGAGAAACCAUACGUGUUAGUUGGAGAGGUAAGAAUUAUUAUAUGAAUUCUUUUCCUGAUCGUGAUGCACCGGAAAAUGAAUUUGGUUUUUUCGUCGGUCAUACACCUAAAGAAGAAGAAGCUACAAGUGGUAAAUUUACAUUUUUAGGAAAAGGUUGGUUAAAAGGUGAAUUCGGUAUACCUGGUAUUGGUAUUUCUAGGUUUAUAGCUAGACCUUGGAGAGAAAAUGAUUGUAACAGGAAACAUAAACAUACGAUUGGAACGAGGUGGAAACCUAGAAUGUUGGGGGUUAGAUAUUGGGAAAGGAUUUAUAGAUGGUGUGCUGAUCUUGAAGAGAACGAUGAGAGGUUGGGUUGUUUGGAUGAUUAUAGAUGUUAUCCUGAUAGAUGGAAGGAUCAGAUGGAGGAAUGUGAUAGUUUGAAUUCUAGUGAAGAGGAUCCGGAUGAGGAUUAUGGUUUGAGACCUCAUCAUAGGGGUACCAGAGUGCAUUAUAUCAAGGAUGGGGAGGGGGGGAGUGAUGAUGGGGAGGGAAAGGAUAAAGUCGGGGAGGCGGUGAUUAAGGAUGAGGAGGGAAAGGUAAAGGAAGAAGAGGUUGAGAAGAUGAAUGAUGUGGAGGGACUGGUCAAGGAAGAGGAAGUGGGAAAGAAGGAGGAAGGAGAGGAAGAUAAGAAACCAGAUGUGGAAAACAAAGAGAACGUCAAGGUAGACGUCAAAGCAGAGGUCAAGGUGGAGGGUACGGCGUGA